GCGCUCGCACGUCGUCACGAUGUCUCACGCGGCGAUCACGUCCUCCACGUCCGCGUUCGUCGGCCAAAGCGUCCGCGUCGCGACGCCCGCGCGCGCGCUCAGACCGCGCGCCGCCGCAUCGCUCGCGACCCCGUGCGUCGCGAAGCUCGAGAAGGGCGACAAGGUCAAGGUGACGUCGAGCGUGACCGUGUAUCACGUGUUGGGAAUGAAAGGCGCGGCGGUGGACCUGAACGGGAUGGAGGGCGAGGUGCACUCGCGCGCGGACGACCUGGACGGCGUGUACAUCAGCGCGAACUUGGAGGUGAAGAUUCAGUUCCCGAUCCCGGGCAACGACAAGGGGAAGAUGUUCAUCGCGCACAUGAAAGAGGACGAGGUGGAAAAGGUGUGACGAUGAUGAUUUAG